AAAUCAGUCUAGUUACUGACAGCCUCCCAGCAGCAACAUGUCGCUCAAGUUCAUCGUCCUCGCCGCCGUGCUGGCUGUGGCCAACGCUGGCUACCUGGGCGCCCCUGCCGUGGCUGCCUACGCCGCCCCCGCCUACGGCUACGCCGGCUCCGCCUACUCGCACGGUGGCUACGCCUCCCCCGCCAUAACCUCCCAGCACUCCAACAUCCUGAGGACGCCCGGCAACCUGGGACAGGUGUCCACCUACUCCAAGACCAUCGACACGCCCUACUCCAGCGUCUCCAAGUCUGACGUGCGUGUCAGCAAUGAUGCCCUGGCCUACGGCGCCGCCUACCACGCGCCCGCCUACGCUUCCUACGCCGCCCCCGCCGUCCACGGAGCGUACGCCGCCCCCGCAUACGCUUCCUACGCCGCCCCCGCCUACGCUUCCUACGCCGCUCCCGCCGUCCACGGAGCGUACGCCGCCCCCGUGGUGAAGACCGCCGCCUCCGCCGUCGCUGGACACGGCCUCCUGGGCGUGGCUUACUCCGCCGCCCCCGUCGUCUCGCACAUGACCUACGACAACGCCUACGGCAUCCACUACGCCUACUAGACACCCCGUCAUCUUAUCAUUCCCAUCCUUAAAGUUUUCAGACAGUUCACAGCCAUAAAAUCUCAUUCUCUCUUUUAUUUAAUUCUUAAUAGUUCCUUCAAGAUUGGUAUCAUGUGUGAUCUGAAAUUGUUUGCAAUUAUUACCUCCUCCGACAGCUUUUUCUUGCUACUGCAAAACAUUCUUUUGUUUGUUACAUCUAUUGAAAUCCUAAAUGAUCCUAUUUGUAUAUAAUUUGUCUACGAAAUAAAACAUAUUUAUAUAUAAA